CUUCUUUUUUCGAAGUGGCUGCGUGACUACAUGAACCCGCAAAAUCAAACUCUUAUGAAAAAAUAACAUAGGUGAAGCAUUCUUAACACUAAGAGUGUUAGCAGCUCAGUUCCUCUAUCGGCCAUGUCUUCAAGGUUAUUCAGUUCAACUGUAAAUACAUCAACAUCUGCAAGAUAUAUCCCAACUAACGCCAAAGAUUCAAUGUAUACCCAUUAUGGACAAAGUGGAUCUGGAAGCUAUGGAUCAACUCUUGGAAAAGUGCAUGCUGGAUAUAUAGAGCCAAUACAACAUAAAGUUUUCAAAUUAGCGGUGUCAAUUCCUUGUCCAAGUGGUUCAGUGUUCAACAUAGGAGACUAUGGCACAGCAGAUGGUGGCACUUCUAUGGUCUUUCUGAGGCAACUGAUAACACUUCUGAAACAACAACAUGGCCCUGACGCCCAAUUCCAGAUCAUUUAUGAAGAUCAGGGCGAAAACGACUUCAACUCGCUGUUCAGGCGAUUGACUGGAAUUAUCCCCGAUCCGCCUUCCUACCUUAUUGAAAUGGAUAACGUUUAUGCUCUUGCUUGCGGGACAGACUUCUACAAACAAUGUGUACCUUCACAUUCCAUGCAUUUCAUCAUGUGCAUGAUGUCUGUACACUGGCUAUCUAAACUGCCAACAGUUUAUAGGGAUUCUGUCUACAUAUCUCACGAAAGCCUUGAGAAAGAAAAGGAAGCUUUGAGAAAACAGGCCCAGUUGGAUUGGGAGAGAUUCUUGCUGAUGAGGAGUAGGGAAAUGAAAGAAGGAGGUGUAGUUUGUGUAAGUGCUCCUGCUGAAUAUGUGCAUCAAAAGACUGGUCGUAUAAGAUUCUCUGCAGAAACUUUAGUGACUCUGAUGACAGACGUAUGGAAAUCUUUCACAGUCUCUGGCAAAAUCACAAGACAGGAGUUCAUUAAUACAAAUAUCUCAUUUUGUUUGCGAAACAUGGACCAGAUACGAGAACCAUUUAAAACAGAGAAGUCCCAAGUCGUUGAAUCGGGACUGCGUCUCUUGUCAUCAGAAUUGAUUUUCAACAAAAACAUCUUCUACUAUUCCUGGAAGCAGAAGAAAGACGAGGAGGGAAUUGAUGACAGGGAGGGAUUUGCCAGGGCGAUGGUAUCAGCCCACAGGAACUGGAGCAACCACAGCUUUAUUGCAGGUCUCUCAGAGUCCCGCUUACUGGAAGACAAGGAGAAGAUUGUUGAUGACUUGUACGCUAAUGUCACCACGGAAAUUGCAAAAAUGGAUCCUGAAAUGUUUAAGGAUGAUUUUUGUACCAUAUAUGUUUUGAUCAAGAAGGUAUAAGAAAAUGCUCAUGAAUAUGUUUCUAUUUGUCUUUCAGUAAAUGUAAUACUGUCGUAAAUUUUGGAAGGAGUUUUAGCUCCAGAGAUUUUGAAAGAAUCCGCAAUUUUGUCCGUUGACUUUAUGUCAAACAUCAAAGAAGUUUAUAUGUUUAUAUCCAGGAGAAUGGUUUGUUUAUUUAUACUUUUUCUGGAUCCUGAAAUGUUUAAGGAUGAUCUUUGUACCAUAUAUGUUUUGAUGAAGAAGGUGUAAGAAAAUACACAUAUGCAUGUUUGUUGUUGUAAAUUAGGACACUGAAUUAAUUUUGCAGGAUUUCUGUCUAACUCACUCAACUAACAACAACAUAACUACUAAUGACCACAUUUAGAUAAAAUGAAAGAGUUGAGGUUACAUGUAACCAUUGCCUCCUGAUACAAUAUGUUGUCUUUGGGGUUUGGCUAGGGGUCGAUCGUUUAUUAAGCUGAAGUAGGCCUUGGAUUUGGUUUAGAGACAGGAUAGUACUUCAAUCCUCUAAAACAUGAAAUGUUUGCCCGGAAUGAAGGCGUUCAAGCGAUUUUGUUUACAUCACAUUGUUUCGGCAUAUCCAGCAUGUCCAACGAUCAAUUAAAGUUUUGUACAACCAGAGUCAAUGUAUGUAGAACAAUUGAUACACGCAAAGAUUGGAGGUAUUAUUUCAGGUGCAGUCGCCCAAACUGAUCUUAACUAAUGAGGAUGUCAAUAUGAAACUGGACGUCAAGUCGGACUGAUCUGAUAUCAGCUGACAUCACUCGUUGUCCGCAAAGUGUGUUAUUUAUUAUACAGAUAAAUAAAAAUAUGUA